CAGGUGUGGAGUUUGGUGAGCUCUUUAUAGAUUUUGGAUACUAGCCCUUUGUCCGAUAUGUCAUUUGCAAAUAUCUUUUCCCAUUCCGUUGGUUGCCUUUUAGUUUUGUUGAUUGUUUCCUUUGCUGUGCAGAAGCUUUUUAUCUUCACGAGGUCCCAAUAGUUCAUUUUUGCUUUUAAUUCCCUUGACCGAGGCUGCAUCUGUAAAGGGCCCAUUUAUUCAAGAAACUUGAGCAAAUUCACACACUAGGCUUCUCUACACAAACCUGGCACGUCCCUCUGGUUGCAGGAGUGCGGAGUUUUCUCUGGCUUCUGACUGCUUUCCAGAAAUUUGAGGAACAUCUUCCCUGCCUUAUAAUGAAGAGCAUUUUGCUUCUCUCUAGCCCCGUGUCCAGUCCAGGCUGAGUACUGUGCCCGGCCAGUCCACCGGCCUGAGAGAUGAUCUGGAAUGUCCGGCUUUCCUUCCUUCCCACGACCACCUUAAGGGCAGAGAGGCAGGUGCAACAUGGCGUUCACUUCCUGCCUACACAUGCUUUGCCCCCUUACUCCAAAACAACCUGGAUCCAUUUGAAUGAAAUAGACCUUUCUGCUCUCUUGCCCUUGGAUGAACAGUGGCCCAUCUGCCAUGGACCCCGAGCUGGCCCUGUUCCUCCUCCCUGGGGCUGAGAACUGCCACAGAGACUGGGUGGAGGGCAUCCAGCAUUGGUGCAGAUAUUUCACCCUGUUCAGCAAUUUAGCCUUUACUCUUUGGGUGCCACACACGAGAGAUCCAUCAGUUGGAUUGAUCGGAGCUCCUCAGAGCUCUGGGAAGGCACAAAGGCAGUCAAUGUCUGCUCAAGGUUGAUCCCAGGCCAGUGCCAUGGCCCCGUGGGGCUGGCAGUAGAAGAUGGCAGGUGGAGGCCGCCAGUCAAUUGCGGGUUAGCCCUUACCUCCUGUCCUGGGUCCCCAUCUCCAGGAAGGUCGGCAUCUACCCAUGUUACUUCUGUCUUUCCGGCCUCAUUCCACGGGUAUAUGACAGAAUGAGAUUGCACAUAAAGAAAUAAUGAGGAAAUCAGAUUUCUUAAAUCGCAGAGGAUUGGCUCCCUGGGCAAACUUGAGGCUGACUCAUAUCACCUUCUACAAACACUUUCGUUUCCCCCAUGCCUCCUCUACCCCUCCCCAACACCGCAAAAGACAGCUCUGCCCAGAACAGUUCCUUUUAGAAAAAUUAACAUUGAAAUUGAACGAGUGCUGUCCAACUUCUGAUUUCUGGGUAGCUGGGGGCCAGUUUGUCCCAGAGUGCAUCUGUGCGUGGCAUCUGAACACGGAUGAGUUAGGGGAAGUGAAAGCAGACCCAACAUUGACAAAUGCAACCGAGUGGGGAGUGAGGCGUUGCUCUGUCUGUGCUGGGAUGUUAUGCAGUUGACUAGGAGGGAAUUUGUCUUUUAAAAUACAAGGCAAAUACAUCAAUGCAUUCUUAAAGCAAGGUAAAAGUGUGUGGAAACCCCUCUACCCCAGACUCUGGAGGUGGCCAGGGCCCCAAGAAGGCAUCAGCAUUGCUAUCAGCAGCUGCAGAACUGACAGGAAGACGACAGCCACGCUGACCCCUUGAGCCACCGUUGUCAGUGAGCAGCGGAGAGGCCACUUAUUGUGGGCCCCCGCCACGGAAAGGAAGGCGCACCGACAUUGAUUUCACCGGACCCCCACCAUCGCCGGGCCCAGCAGUACGGCCACUACUGCACUCGAACGGACUCCAGGGGGAACAGAAAAGACCUGUCCCAGGACGUUGGAACAUGAUUUAUGACAACUUCCAUUAUGAAGCCAUUGAUGAAGAAGAGACAAAGGAGAUGCUCCACUUCCAAGUGCACCAUAAGCUAGCUGGAAUCCCAGAGCAGCUCAGGGAUGGACAACAGAUGAACAUAAUGGAAGGAGAUUCAUCUCAUGACCCAAAUGACACCGUAAGAACUGAGGAAAUGGAAAAUAAAUGUGCCCAAGAAUUUGAACAAACAGAGUUCUGUGAACAUUCACUUCUCCGAAAGAAUAAUUUCAGUGUGCCAGAAGAGAGACUCAACUUACUGUCAUACGUGGGACAAGUUUCCUAUGAGCAUGGCACUCUCCAGUGGACAAAUGGUGGCCAUUUUGAAGAGAUUCCCAAACUGCUACCAGGUGAUGGGGGAGCGUCCUGUGAACUUGUGGCUCUACAAAGGAAUGAAGGAGGAGAAUCAGAAGAAAUGCCCAGAUUACUACCUUAUGAUGAAGAAGUGACCUAUGAUUCUAGAGCUCUGCAAAUGACUAAUGAAAGAAAACCAGAGGAGAUGCCCAGCCUACCUGGAGAAGAGGGAGAAGAGCAUGGCCAUGCCAUCUGGGACAUCAGUGAUGAAGAAGAGCCUCAGGAAGUCUUGAGCUCCCCAUCAACAUGUGGGCCAGGGUCCUGUGAUUCUGAAUCUCCUCAAAUGACCAGUGAAGAAGCACCAGAGAAGGUGCCCAGCCAAGUACUAUAUGAUGGGGAAGACAGUAGCAGUGACUGUUUAGAGAUGUAUUAUGAAGAAGACCCCCAGGAAGACUGGAGCUCACCACCAGAAAGCGAAUCAUCAUAUGGUGAACUAGAAGCUGUCCAAAUAAAUAGUGAGGAAGAAUUAGAAGAGCUUACUUCCAGCCUACUACCCUAUGAUGGACAAGGAGCAGAGCCACCAGCACGUGCAAAUGAGAAGUGUACCUGUGUUAUGUGCUUCUCAAAAGAUGUGCCAGAAGGUCCAGAAGCAAGCAUUGCAGACAGCGAAGCAUGUGCCAUGAUAGAUACUGUGGAUCUUAGAAACAACUCUACUUCGGAAAAACUCAAGAGGAAAAGAAGAAAAAAGAAAGGCCAUUGCUGGACAAGACAUAAAAGGAAAUUUCAGAGAAACUUACCCCAAAAAGAGAGCAGCAACACUCCUGGCCAGUUGGUCUCCAGUGGGAAAAAGGGGAAAAUGCAUCUGCGAGAACCUGCCAAGAUCAAGGGGAAAAAGAGAGGCAGACCUCCUGGUUACUCAACUCAUGGUGACAGAGCCUCACGGAAAAGAGUCCGGUCAAAAGGGUCAAGAAGUCACACAGAUUAUAUGGUGGAUUUUCGCUCUCAAAUACUUCCUGUGACCUGUGGUGAGGUGAAGGGGAUGUUAUAUAAGAAGAAACUGAAACAAGGAGGAUCCUUGGUGAGAUCUAUACAGAGUGAGGAUGGAAAAUGGUUCACCCCCAGGGAGUUUGAAAUCAGAGGAGGCUACGCAAGAUCAAAGAACUGGAAGCUGAGUGUGCGCUGUGGUAGGAGGCCUCUACGAUGGCUGAUGGAGAAGGGAUUUCUACAUAAUCCUCUAAGAAAAUAUUUCAGGAAAAGAAAGAUAAUACCAAAGUCUCACAACAAUACCUUAGUUAACCCUUAUCCGGGAAACUCCGAUGUGUGUGAGAUGUGCCGGGAUGGAGGAAAGCUGUUCUGUUGUGACACCUGUUCAAGAUCUUUUCAUGAGGACUGUCACAUCCCACCAGUGGAAACUGAGAGGAACCCAUGGAGUUGCACCUUCUGCAGGAUGGAGUUUUUGGAAAGGCAGCAGUGCCACGGGGAAUCUGAGGUCCUGGAGAGGCAGAUGCAGCCGGAGGAGCAGUUGAAAUGUGAGUUCCUCCUCUUGAAGGUCUAUUGCCAUUCAGAGAGCUCCUUUUUUUCGAAGAUUCCAUACUACUAUUAUAUUAAAGAGGUGUCUCAAAACCUAAAGGAACCCAUGUGGUUGGACAAAAUCAAGAAGAAGCUAAAUAAACAAGGCUACCCUAGAGUAGAGGAGUUUGUGCAGGACAUGCGCCUCAUCUUUCGGAACCACAGGGCAUCUUACAAGUACAAUGACUUUGGCCUAAUGGGACUUAGACUGGAGGCAGAGUUCGAGAAGAAAUUCAAGGAAGUGUUUUCUAUUGAGGAAGCAAAUGAGAGGAGCUCACUGGUGUAGUGGAGGCUGUUGACACCCUGGAAAAUCUCCUUUUUGGGCAGAACUUUCAUGUCCCAGCUGCUGUGAGGGUUGGCUGCUGAUGACACUCUUCCCCAAAGUACCACCCUCUGCCAAUGCCAACUUCACCUGGAGAUUACACCUCUUGGGCGUGGGGGCCGGCUUCCAGCCCCAAGGUGGAACCAGCCUGUAGUGAUCCGUAUCCCUGGAUCUA